GGGAGUUUUGGAGGCUGGCUGUGGAGCGGUUGGGGUGUGCGGCUUCUCCCCCCUCUUUUCGGCUGCUUGGAAAGCGGACAGCGAAGGAGUACGUUUCCCCCUCAGCUUUGGGUUGUGAGGACGAUCAAAAGCAGCCGCUAUGGGGAAGAGGCAGCAUCAGAAGGACAAGAUGUACAUAACAUGUACAGAAUAUACUCAUUUUUAUGGCGGGAAGAAAGCAGAAAUUCCACAGUCCAACUUCAGACGUCUGCCUUUUGAUCAUUGCAGCUUAUCUUUGCAGCCAUUUGAAUACCCGGUUUGCACGCCAGAAGGAAUUGUCUUUGACUUGUUGAGUAUUGUUCCUUGGAUAAAGAAGUAUGGAACCAAUCCAAUCACAGGGGAGAAACUCGAUGCCAAAUCUCUUAUCAAGCUGAACUUUGCUAAAAACAGCGAGGGUAAAUAUCACUGUCCAGUCCUCUUCACAGUGUUCACCAAUAACUCCCACAUAGUGGCUAUCAAGACAACAGGCAACGUGUUUGCAUAUGAGGCAGUUGAGCAAUUGAACAUAAAAACAAAAAGCUACAAGGACCUGCUAACUGAUGAACCUUUUACAAGGCAAGAUAUUAUCACGCUGCAGGAUCCAACCAACUUGGACAAAUUUAAUGUCUCCACCUUUUUCCAUGUUAAAAACAACCUGAAAGUGACAGACCCAGAUGAGGAGAAAGCAAAACUGGACCCAUCGUAUUACUUGAAAAACACGAAUGUGGAGACGCGAGAGACUUUGUCGGAACUUUACAAAGAAUUCAAAGGGGACGAUGUUCUGGCUGCUACCAUGAAGGCUCCUGAGAAAAAAAAAGUGGAUAAGCUGAAUGCGGCUCAUUACUCCACAGGCAGAGUGAGUGCCUCCUUCACGUCCACAGCCAUGGCACCGGAAACAACGCAUGAAGCAGCUGCCAUUGACGAUGACGUGGUGCGGUACCAGUACGUCAAGAAGAAAGGCUACGUCCGCCUGCACACGAACAAAGGGGACCUCAACUUGGAGCUGCACUGUGACAUGACUCCUAAAACAUGUGAAAACUUCAUUAAACUAUGCAAGAAAAAUUACUAUGAUGGGACCAUUUUUCACAGGUCAAUUCGUAAUUUUGUGAUCCAAGGAGGGGAUCCUACUGGAACAGGCCUGGGAGGAGAAUCUUAUUGGGGAAAGCCAUUUAAAGAUGAUUUCAAGCCUAACCUGUCUCACACCGGACGUGGCGUUCUCAGCAUGGCCAAUUCUGGACCCAAUAGUAACAAGUCUCAGUUCUUUAUCACAUUCCGCUCUUGCGCAUACCUGGACAAGAAGCACACAAUAUUUGGAAGAGUGGUCGGUGGUUUUGAAACUCUGACAGCGAUGGAGAAUGUGGAGAGCGAUCCGAAAACCGACCGUCCCAAGGAAGAAAUACGAAUCAAUUCAACAACUGUCUUUGUUGAUCCAUAUGAAGAAGCAGAUGCUCAGGUUGCGGCAGACAGAGAGAAGGCUCGGCAAGAAGAGGAGGCAGUGAAAGGGAAAACCAAAGUCGUCGUUCCAAAGAAAGAGCCUCAUACUCCAAAAACAUACCGGGAGGGAGUUGGGAAGUACAUUAAUUUGGCUGCAGCGAAGCGAGCCGCAGAAGAGGACGGCCCAUCGACCAGCACAGCGGCAAAGAAAGAGAAGAAAAGUUCAGACUUUGGGGACUUCAGUUCUUGGUAGAGGAUCCGGGUGGCUGCGUCAGAAGCCACCAUCAACCCUCUGCUCUGGACUGUUUUGAAGGGGAGCAAACCUGGCUGCCGGUCAGCUUCCUUAAUGGACGGUUUCCUAACGUUUUCAAAGGGCUCGUUUCCUCAGCAGUGCUUUCCUUUAUUUUGAGCCCUUGUCCCCAAGAUCUCUGCUGGUUUCUUGUUGAGCUACUCUGCACAUCAGUUCCAAGAUGACUCUUUUGUAUUGUCGCUCUGCAGAUUUGUCGGUGGAACACUGGGAAAGCUUAAGCAGAUUAGUGAGUGAGGACUUGUUGCAGGCUAAAGCGGGUGAUUACCCGGUGGAGGAGAGAAGAAAAUGGCCUCAUUACAGCUGCAUGCCUUUGCAGUGGAGGGGCUUUUCAUACAGUCCCCUACAGCUUGUCCAUUCUAAUUUGGAAACAGAGGGCCUCGGUCUGCACAUCCCGCCCCCCUCUCUGCCUCUCGAAUGCCUUCCAGUUCACUGGUUUUAUGAGCUGCUGUGCUGCAACCGAGAGGCAUCCAUCUCCUUGAGUGAUGAAGUCAUGGGAUGCCUCCGUCCAGACCUGAGGUCUGAUUAAUGACCUCUCCUCCCCCCCCCCCCCUGGAAAAGGAAUCCAAGCUAGCGCCUUUGCAUUGUCUGGCUUGCUAGUCCGAUUUCACUAAGCCAGCUGGGCAACUCUUGCAGUAUCCUUGCACUCCUGCUCUGCCCAAAUAGCCAGCAAUCAUCAGUCCAGGCCUUUGCUGGGCAGCUGUGAUGCGCAGUCCUGGCCAUUAAAACAGCACGCUGCUACUCGGUGAGGGGGUCAGUUAAAAAUAGCUACAGACAAGUAAUACCGCAGCUUCGUUUCCCAGACCCCCCAAAUAGUGUCUUAGCCCUGGUAGUUGCUAGUUCUGAUUAAUCUCUCUUUCCCCCCCCCUUUGUGAUAUGCAGCAGGCUGAUGUCACAGGUAGUCUGACACUUCCUAGAGCUGACCACACCGGGGGGGGGCCUAAGGGGCAAAUGACAUCCAGCCACAUAACAUGAUACCGCAGGGGCAGUAAAGAGGAUUUUGGUGAGGAGGAAGUGCUUUUGAAGGGAGAGCAUCGGUGGGGAGUGGCUGCUUAAUCCUUAACUCCGUUGCUCCUUUUUCUAUUCCAAAUUCUUCCUGCCUACCCCACAUUGUUUUUCAUCCUGGGAGGUUCCAGAUACGUGUUUGCAAGGAGAACCAGGCACCUGUAACCUUACUUUGGGAAGAGAAGGGGGAAGCGGGGAAAUGAUCAGCGGGGAACCUUUGCCAGUUCUUUGCUCAAAAUUGCCCCCUCCUACAGCUCAUUCUGUUUAGGAAAAGACACAGCUGUCUUGCAAUUGCAGGAAUGUCCAUGGAACAUGCCAGGUUGCCCUUUACUGCUAAAACUGAGAAGAGCUAUAGCCGUCAAGGAGCAACCAGAGUUGCAUAUGCUUGUUCAAGGGCAGGCGCUGGCUGAGUGAAUGCCUUGUGUUGCUUUAUAGUCUCUUUGGGGGCAGGUUUGCUAGUGUAUCUUUGCAUUUGCAUGAAGUACAAAGAAAUAGUAAGAAAAACAGCAUUAACAAUCCAGCCAACCCCCAGCACAUGCCUCUUUCCCCCGAGAUGUCCACGCUGCCAGACACCAGUGAAAAAGGCUUGCCUGUUAGCUGUAAGAUGUAUCCUGUCCUGUAUCAAGGAAAGGGACACGAGUGACUUAACCACCUUAUCCAUCUGUUUUGGGGAUUUUUCUUACUCAGUACCCAGAGGCAGAGUUAAAUUAAGCUCCAGGAUAAAGUUGCACACGUCUGUGGUCUAUCCUUUUGUUCCAGUGUAUAUGCAUGCACAGGUCUUCUCAGAAUAUUUAAACUGUCUUUGGGUAGACUGAAUCAUUGUAAAUAAUCCCCAAAUUCUGCAAAACUACAUCCGCGCUUAGAAAAUAUUAACUGCUACGAUGGAAACAGUAACAACAAACUGCUUACUUUUAUAGUUUUCUGGAGUUUCUUGAGAUGCUUUUCUGAAAAAUGAUGUAUAUUUUGCUUUGGAAAAUGGUCGGGUUUUUUAUGAUGAGACUUUGUUGUUUGCGAAAUAAAGAGUCCCCUUUUA